UAGAGGCCUUCAAAGCUGUUAGAUCUUUUUGAUGAAGGGAUCCAUUGUAAUUGAGAGUGGUAACUGCCACGUCAAAGAGAAACAAGAAGUUAAAGAUGGAAAGCUAAAUAAGAGCCUGCUUGUCAAAAGUGGUUUCAGUUGUAAUUCACUGAUCAAGGUUCGGUUGCAAAAUGCUAUUAACCAGCCAGUCCUGCAGCUACGAUGUGAAGAAGUGGGUCGAAUAUUAAAUGAGUCUACUAGUAAAGAUGCUAGUUUUGUACUUCGCACAGUGAUUGACAGCAUCUUUGGCAUGAAUGGCCAACUCGGUUGGGGUCUGAGGACCAUAACGCACUCUUCCUUACCACGAGAAUUUGAACAGCUUUGUGCUUUCCUCAGUGCCUCAGGACCAUUGCUAUCAUUUACAUACAGACUGGCUAAUGAUCCUUUCUUGUUAUUUGAAUUUCCUGUGGCCUGGCUUCCUGCCAAAUCACGAGCAGAAAUUGAGGAGGGUGUGCCUGGUAAUUUCUAUGUCAACAAAGUUCAGAAUCCAGGCCCUGGAAAAACACCAACAAACAUUUUGUUAAAUGCUUUUGAGUUCUACAUCUUCCACUAUGCUCACUUUUUGGUGAAUGGGAGCAAUCACAGAUGGUCACUAUCUUGGUCAACCUCUGGUGAUGCCAUUUAUCCUAGCCUGCUUGAAGAUUAUCUUCGGACAUUUCUUCUGCCAUGUGAUGGAUCAGUUCCCCCUGGCCCACCAAGUCCUCCUGUGUCACCCCGGGGGGUGCUAUCUCCUAUGAACUCCAGGGGAGCUGGUGUUGGCAGUAAUAACUUGUACCUGACCUCUUUUGGAUCUCCAAUUGGAUGGCGCCCGACCCGCACCACAGUCAACCCUGGGUUUCAGGCUACAGAGCGAACUGGCCCUCUCUCAUCCACACUACAGGGUGCGCACAACCAGCAUCCGCAACUAAACAUUUGGAGCCAAUUGUCAUAACGGUUUCAGGCUGUGAUUCAAGUCUUCGUAGAGAUGUGGGUCAAUCAGUGCCUGCCCGUGACAAGGUCUCCAGGGAGGUCCCCGUCUUCCGCGGCACCUCCUCCUCAUGCUGGCCAGUACACUGCUCUGCAUGCCUGCAGUGUCUUUUCAGAACACACUCCUCUAGAGUAUCGGCCAAAUUGGCACACAAAUGGCUUUGAGGUGUUUGUUCCUUCAAGUGAUCAUGUUCGAGUUGUAAGAAUGCUCAUCAAACAUCUCUUCUUUUCAAAUAGUGCAAAAUCAGCGCAGCCCUCUCCUCUUGAUGAUUUACGCAAGAAUCUCUGGACCAUGUAUAGGAAGAGUUUGUAUCAAUUCCUGUGUCACACCUUUAGUCACUGGCCCUUGGAUUCUUCAUUUAGAUUGGUGUUGGAAACAUGGUUAUCAUACAUUCAACCUUGGAGGUAUACUGAAUAUGCAUCUACUACCAGAGCUCCAUAACCUGCCAGCAUAGAGUUGGAAAAACACAGCGUUGUGGAGGGCAAAUGGAAAGUUUAUAUUGCUGAGAAUCUGCUUUUCUAUAUACUUUUGCUUGUUUUAAAUUUUCACCAUUUAGUGUGUCGUCUUUUCCGACUUGACCUGUCAGCUCCAAAGAAUGCUCAGAUUCUUUUCAGAGUAACUAAGGUAUACUCACAAGGAAGCCUGUGCUCUUAUAUAAGGGAAAUUGAAGUUGCUUUGGAAGACCCACACUUCAUGCAUCGCACGUUAAUUGGUGCUCCACAAGCCUUAGGUUCACACAGCACAUUCUCAGGUCUUGCAGGAGAUCACUUUCCUGCCAGAUCUUUAGCCUCUGUUGCCAGAGCACACAUAUCAGAAAUGGAAGGGCCCAGCUAUAGCUACAUGGCUAUGUUCAGUCCCAGCAAUGUGACCAUGAUGGAGUCUUUGUUGCGACACAUCCGAAGAGCUCAUGAAGCCGUUUCUAGUGAACAGCAACAAGCUAUGAUGACAAAUUCGAUGAACAGCAUAACUGAUGCAUCUAAUAGAACAGGAUGGUGGUGUACUGUUAAGAAGUUUUUUGAAACUUCAUGUCCGUCUGAGGAUGACACUGCUGCUGAAGAUAUCAGGAAAACUGUCAUUCAUCUGGAUAAUGCCCAAAGACAAUUGUCUGCCAUUUACAAUUUACCCGUGAUUGCAUCCCUUGACUUCACUCAAAAUGUAACUAGAGCCAGUAUCUCUCAGGAGGGCUUUGACUCUCCAUUUAAAAUGACUUCAGAUGACCCUUCAUCCCCACAGCGCAUAAACACAGACAAGGGUCCAGUGCUGACUGAUUAUGGUCGUUACCAACUACUCACAGGCUUACGCAGAUUAGAUCUUAAGUAUGAAGGUGACCCAGAUUUAAAACCAAUUUGUACUUACGAAGUUGCAUUUCUUGUUCGAUGGCUAUAUGCAAUGUCUGUGUUAAUGAAUUCAAAGUAUGGCCAGAAGAUGAAGGAAUUGUACUUCCGAGGCGAUUUAGUUGGCUUUUUCCUGAGGCUGCUCCUCAAGGCACCAGAGACAGUGUUUGAACUGCACAAGAACAGUGCAGGCUCCCCCCAUUCCCGCGUAAAGAAGGACCUACCCCCAAGGCUUAGUCUGAGAUUCCAGGCUAGCAAGCAUGUAAUUGGUUAUGAAUUAGCAUUUUGCUUGGUAUUCUACAUACUAGGUCUUUGGGGAUUGCUGGUGAAGAUGCUUUUAACAUUAGUAGCUCUUGCUGCUGGCUAUUAUGUAUUUAGUUGUUACAUUCUUCACCAAUACCUUCACCAUGAACCACAGCAAUAUCAAAGUGAAGAGCAAAAUGUUUCCAAUGAAAGUCUUUGAAAAUGUCAAAUUUGUAACUUAAGUCUUCUGAUGUAUGAAAAUUCUAUCACAGAAUGUUUAGAUCACAAACUUUAUAAGUUAUAAAAGUAUAAAUAACAGAUUCUUUAUGCUUUUGCUAUUUGUUUUUCAUCAUAAAUCAAGAAAAAUUGUAAUUUGUGAUUGCUGAUCAUGUGUACAAACCUUUGUCUGCAUUUUCUUAAUUAUAAGGUGCCCUUGAUUAUGUAUGUAUAUUUUUUAAUAAAAUAUAAAGUAA